AUGGCCUGGUCCAGAAAGGGUGCCGCUUCUCCAACUAGAGGCAAGACAAUGACUAUGGAGCAGUUGCGUACCUCGCUUGCCGACGAAAUGCAGCUUCAGCUCCGGAGCCUGCGCGCGCAACUCUGUCAGGACAUGAGCCGGCUGCUGCUCGAGACGCAUCAGAUUAAACCAAGCCGACCGCAGGAGUCAGCUUCCUCUCCUGGUUCGCCGGUCCAGCGGGAGUACUCCGCGUUCCAGUCGGAGGAGAAUGUUUCUGUGGAGUCAGCUGACGUUCCAAGUCCCCUCUUCGAACUGCCUCCACCAAAAAGGAAUUCAGGUCGACCACAGCAACUUCUUGACGUGCCAGGAGCAGACAGGAGAUCUUUGCUGGAGGACUUCGACGCUGAUUCGGCAGCUGAUACACUCGGGAGCAGGGAGAUCAUGUUGCCCGAGCAUGAAGCCAUGACUGUCCGAGGAAUUUUGUACCGAUGGUUGAAUAGCAAUUCGUUCAACUAUACCGUCUCCAUCCUGGUCUUUAUGAAUGCCAUUCUGAUCGGGGCGCAGACAGACUAUGCCGCCCAGCAUGGCGGAGCAAGCUCCUUGCCAUGGUGCGGUGUUGUCAACCACGCGUUUUGUAUCGUUUUCACCAUCGAAGUUUGUUGCAAACUCUAUGUGUAUGGUUGUCUACACUUCUUCUGGCGGGACAGCGAUUGGAAGUGGAACUGCUUUGACACACUCGUUGUACUCUUGCAGUGGGCAGACUAUGCAGCAGAGAUGAUGCCAGGAAAGCUGGUUCAAUCAGGGAACUUGGGAAUGUGUUUGCGCCUGCUUCGUUUGGCGCGUAUCAUGCGCCUGGCUCGCGUUAUUCACUUGAUGGUGGAGUUGCGCACCAUGGUAGCUUCGAUUGUUGCCUGUCUACGGCCCUUGAUUUGGGCCUCAGUUCUUUUUGGCAUGCUAGUGUACACCGUUGCAGUCACUCUGACGGAGAGUGCGAACCACUAUCGUGCCUCUCAGCACGUGCAUGAAUCUACUGCUCUUGAUCAAUACUUUUCAAGCCUUGGAACUGCUGCCAUCACAUUGUGGAUGUGCAUCACGGGCGGCAUUGAUUGGAAAAACGUCGCAGAUCCACUCAUCAACGAAAUCUCGCCUUUGAUGGGUGCUGCUGUGACUCUAUAUGUAGCCUUCUCGGUGCUGGCAAUGAUGAACGUAAUCACAGGUAUUUUCGUGGAAAACGCCUCUGCCUUCUCAAAGGAAGAUAAAGAUAACUAUGUCGUGCGGCAUGUUCUCAGUCUCUUCAAGAAGAGUAAUCUCAAUGAGAAGGAUGAGCUCUCGCUGAUAGAAUUUCAGAAGAUGCUCGAGACCAAGGAGCUUCGUGAACUCUUCCAGGCAGUCGAUGUGGAUGUGAAUGAUGCUGAGAGCUUGUUCAGGCUCCUUGACAUGGAUGAGACUGGAACCUUAUCUCCUCAAGAGCUGGUGGAUGGAUGGUUCCGCUUGAGAGGUCCAGCGAAGGCACUUGACCUGGCUGUCCUCAUGGCCGACAACAGCCGUAUGGAUGCGAAGCUGGCGAGAUCUCGCAAAGAGGCCCUGCUGAAGUGCGUCAAACUGGCCGACAAAGGUCUCCUGGUGGCUUUGAUAAUGGCGUCAGUCGCUGGACCACCCGGGGAGGGAUCCUCAACUGUGGCCAAGAACUCUGCCCUUGUGAGCCCGAAUCUGUCGCCAAAGCUUUGUGACAACUCGGGAAGGUUGCAAUUGCACAAAGCCAUUCUUGAACCUUUCAAUGACGGACAGCUUGAAAAUGGAGCUGAUCGUCGAUUUCCCGGCAGAGCGUACUACAUUGGUGAUGAAGCGCCUCCUGCCGCCGUUGCAGCAAACACCCGAACGGUCCGAGAGGUCCAAAAACGAAGCGAGUCUGCUGAAGGACAGCGAGAGGUUGAGCGGGCUGAUGCGGCUGAUGAAGCCAAAGAUGCCUCAUCCCACCAAGAUCGAAGUGGCUCUGACCAAACGUCGGACACUUUUACCCACCAGCUUUGCAUCUUCAUGGGAAACGCGGAUGGACACGUCGGCCUGCUGACCUUGCCCAUACCAGCGAACAAGGUAGAGGAGGUGGAGUCUGUUGUGGAGAGCUGGGAGGAGCUUGAAGCUCCUUGCUUCAGGGCAGGACGACAAUGGACGACUGCCGAGGACUUCCUUCUGCUGCGCGAAGAGCACGUGAACCUGCCAGACCUACUGCUGCUGGCUUUGGAGCCUGAUAUAGCUAUGUCUCUGACCCCAGAUUGGACUUGGGAGAAAUAUCCCCGAGGAUACGGAGAGGUAGCACAAACUCCAACAGGUUUCAGGGAGGGUGAUGGACCGCUUUUGGUGAGUUCGACUUCCAACUCUUCUAUUGCUCAGAUCCAACAAGUGGUAACAAGCGCACACUGCAUCAAGCGACAUGACAGUGGCUUGUCCUUUGAAACAGAGAAGCGCGCUGUCUCCAACCCAGAAGAAGAAGAGGUGGCGAGAGCUGCAAGCGUUGAAUGCUUCGAGGACCUGGCUGACUUUGCAAUCCUCGACCUGCGUGGAGAGGGUUUGACCGCCCUACCGGAGAGCUUUGGGCUCUUGGAAGUUCUGCAAGGUGUGAGUCUGUCCGACAACCAACUCGUGUCUUUGCCAGAAAGCUUUGGUCAGCUGCAACUGUUGCAGGAGUUGAACCUGUCAAACAACAGGUUGGAGCAGUUGCCACGCAGCAUUGGAGAGCUUCAAUUGCUUCAGGAGCUGGAUUUGGGCAACAACAAUCUCUCAUAUGUGCCACAUCUUCCAAAGCUUCGAAAGCUUGUAAGACUCGACUUGGCAGGGAAUUGUUUGGCAGCAGAUUCUUUGGCUCAGAUAGGUCGCCUGACACGACUUCAAAGGCUUGAUGUCUCCGAGAAUGGACUUGAGGUACUCCCGGACUCUAUCACACUUCUAGAAAGUCUAGAAACCCUUCAUGCGCACAACAAUAAACUCAGGGCUUUGACUGCGGACAUUGGGAUGCUCAGCUGCCUGCAUGAGCUUGACAUCAGGUGCAAUUUAUUGACUGAACUGCCAGAAAGCGUUUGCGAGCUAACAUCUUUGACAUCGCUGAACGUCAGUAGCAAUCAACUGCGGCACCUUCCAGAUCAAAUAGGAGAGCUCAUCAAGUUGAAGGAUUUGAGCCUUGCGAAGAACCAGCUGUUGAAUCUGCCUCCGUUGUUUCAAUUGCAAAAACUGCAAACCUUGGAUCUGCAGAAAAAUCCCGAGCUUACGUCUGUGCCGGACAAGAGGGUGCGGCCUGCCGUCCUCGAGCGCGGUCAGGCAGCGAGCCUUGGGUUGGCUGUCUUGCUGAAGUUCGGAGAAUUGAGAGAUCUUCGUAUUUGCUCUGAGAAAGAUGAUGAAUACAAGAAAGCUUUGAAGAAAACCCUCGAGGCCGAUGAGCUCGAUCUCUCUGACCUACAACUCAGACAGAUUCCGCCGAGUCUAAAGGGCAUGGUCGCGCUCCGACAGUUGAGAGCAAGACGGAAUGAUAUCGAGGAUUUUCCGGCUAUGCUGUGCUCUUUGAGGAAGUUGCGAGUUCUUGACCUCUACAGCAACAAACUGACAGGAUUGCCUCAUGAGAUUGGAAGACUCGAGUCACUUGUUGAGCUGGACCUUUCGAACAACCAAUUGUCGGAACUACCAGAGAGUAUUGGCGAUUUGUCGCACUUGGCGAGGUUGGAAGUUGGUCACAACAAGUUGUCAAGUUUACCCAGCAAACUCACCAAAUUGACUUCCCUCUCCACAUUGGUGCUCAGGAUGAACAUGAUCAACGAAGUGCCAAACAAAAUGGACGAAUUGCAAUCUCUAAAGACACUCGACCUCAGUGGCACUCCGCUUGGCAAGUCCCUCCAGCUGCCCCAGCAAGGCCACUGCCCCACGAGACGGACGCUCUAUCUCAUGAACAAGUACGAUUCCUUGCGAGUCAUCAAGCUUCAUCGGUCACAGAUGAGUUCCCUGCCCGAUGAUAUGUCUGGAUGGGGACAAGGACCACCGCCAAAGCCACCACCUGGAAAUUCAGCUCGCUUCAGCCGCACAGACUUUUCCAAAGGUGAGGAGAAGGAAACUUCUGGCUACAGUCGUUUCUUUGGCGGUGCAUUUCCGACUGAUGAGGACAUUGCCUCCUUCGUAAAGCGCCGCAGUGCUGUGGAGGAGGCAGGCGAAGAUAAAGAGCUGCUUCAGGUGCUUGAAGCAAUUGAAUUGCAGUUAGACUGCGCCGAAUAUGGUCAGCGACAGAAGUUGUUGAGGACCCUGUUCCGGCAAUGGCAUCCUGACAAGCGAAGGGAUGAUCCUGAAUUGGCAACGCGGGUGUUUCAAUGGCUACAAUCCUUCAAAUAG